AUGAAUACUUCAUUUAAACCGGAAAAAAAACAAAAUGAUAAGUAUGUAAUAAUUGUUAUGGGUGUCUCUGGUUCUGGUAAAAGUACAAUAGGUGAAUACUUAUCACAUCAGUUAAAUUUUCAAUUCAUUGAAGGAGAUACUUUUCAUAGUACUAGUAAUAUUGAAAAAAUGAAAUCUGGAGUACCAUUGGAUGAUGAAGAUAGACUACCAUGGUUAAUGAGUAUUAAUAAAAAACUUCAAGAAGAGGUUUUUCAAAACCAUAAAUCAACUGUUUUGGCUUGUUCAGCAUUAAAGAAAAAAUAUAGAGAUAUCCUUAAAAUUGGGUUUUCUAUUGAUAAUAUUAUUUUUGUACACUUAAAUGACAAGGAAGAUGAAGUAAAAAAAAGAUUAAUGAAAAGAAAAAGCCAUUUUUUUAAUCCGUUACUUUUAAAAUCGCAAUAUGAAGCAUUAGAAGAUGUUACCGAAGAUGAGGGUAGAAAAAUCAUAAUGUUUUCCAUGAUACAGUCAUUUUCCGAAUUAAAAAAUAAGAUUAUUCAAAAUCUGUAA